AAAGCGCGGCCACACCCGAGGUAUCGCGGGCUGCCGUCUUUGCUUUCGUUUCUCACCGAUCCUGGGUCCUGUGGUCACCCGCAGUUUCGUUUCCGAGGCGUGGCGGAGGGCGCGGUCCGGGACACCCAUGGCCUUAGUGAGCCGCCCUCGAGCCCCACUGUGGCUCGGGCGACUGUCUCGGCAGCUGUGCGCGCGGCACCGGGCCUGCACUGGGAGCAUGGUUCGGCAGCGGCGGUUCGCUGUAGAAAUGCCGGAUUGCUCCCUGACUCAUUUCGUCCUAGGGGACACGGCAGGUCACCCGGACUCACGCCUGGCAGCACUGCUAGGGCCCCCGGGGCGCAGUUACGCAUUGUGCGUGCCGCUGGCCCCGGGCACAGGCUGCGGUCCCCGGGUGCAAGCGGCCCGGAUGCACCAGCGUCUGCUGCUGCAGCUGCGCCGCGGUCCUUUGCAGCGGUGCCAGCUGAGCAAGCUGCUGGGCUAUGGUCCUGGCGAUCAGGAAGGUGAAGCCCAGCAUGGCUUCCUGCUGCGAGACCCUUGCGACCAUCCAGACACUCGGCGUGCCUUGCUGCAGCUCCUGAACUCCUGCCAGGAGGCGGCGCACCCGCAGCUGGCCGAAUUCCAGGCCGACUCUCAGGGAUUGCUGUGGCAGCGCUUGUGGGAGCUGCAGGGAGACAGGCAGGUUCAAGUGGAUUGCGCAUGCGUCCUGCCGGCACAGGAGCCCCUUCUGCACCCAUUGCUGCCAGAUCUGCUCAACUCCGCUGUGUUCCAAGACAGGGAUGCUGCACGGGCGGUAUUGGAGGAGUGCACAUCCUUUAUUCCUGAAGCCCGGGCAGUGCUUGACCUGGUUGACCAAUGCCCAAGGGAGAUUCAGAAAGGAAAGUUCCAGGUCAUUGCCAUCGAAGGACUGGAUGCCACCGGGAAAAGCACCGUGACCCAGGCAAUGUCGGAGUCUCUCCAGGCCGUCCUCCUACAGUCGCCACCCCCCUGCAUCGGCCAGUGGAGGAAAAUCUUUGAUGACGAACCGACCAUCAUUCGAAGGGCAUUUUACUCUUUGGGAAAUUAUCUGGUGGCUUCUGAAAUAGCUAAAGAGUCAGCCAGGUUCCCUGUUAUUGUUGACAGGUACUGGCAUAGCACGGCCACCUAUGCCAUAGCCACUGAGGUGAGUGGAGGCCCGCAGUACCUGCCCCCUGCCCACCACCCCGUGUACCAGUGGCCAGGAGACCUGCUGAAGCCUGACCUGGUCCUGCUGCUCACGGUGAAUCCUGAGGAGAGAGUGAAGAGACUGGAGGGCCGGGGCCUGCAGAAAACUAAAGAGGAGGCCGAACUUGAGGCCAAUAAUGUGUUCCGUCAGAAGGUGGAAGUGACCUACCAGCGUAUGGAGAACCCCAGCUGCCACAUGGUCGACGCCAGCCCCUCGAGAGAGACUGUCCUACAGAAUGUUUUGCAGCUGAUCCGGAGCGCUGGUCAUUCAUUGUAGUUCCUCCGGCCGUGUGCCUCAUCACACCCAAAGAGAAGUUGCCUGAUGCGCCUGUACCCAGCGCUUGUCUGCAGCUUCUUAGAUUCGGGUGCUGUGAGCAUACUAAGGGGGGGAAACUGGAGAUUUUUGCUUUAUCCCUGACAGACAGAACCAGUCUGCAGCUGCUAAUCCUUUUCUACCUGAUCACGUACCACCAUCUUCUUGGGAUAGACUUUACCACUACGACCACCUAGAAAGGUCUUCUGAUCCAGUGGGUGAGCCUGCGGAGGUCUUCCUGCACCUGGAAGCUGAGGCUAUUAGAUGUGGCCCAUACUGAUCAAUUGUGACGGGCUAGCCUCAUUUCCUUUCGCCCUAAAUCCUAUAGCUAAGCAUUGUCACAGAGCCAGGCUGUCCCCGGAUGUUCCCUUGGAGCCAUUUAUGGUUGGGGAUACUUGCAGAGAAGUCAUUGAUCUUGCUUCAGAGGUUCAAAGAGCACCUUGUGCACCUGAAUGAGCAUUCAGACCUGCCUAGACUUGCAUCCCUAAGCUGCCGGCAUGCCAACCCCUCUUGUUCUCCUUUGCUUGUCUGCAUUCUAAUUCUCUCCUUUGAAAUCCAGUCGUGAGUGUAAUGAGCAGUCUGCACGGAGCUGGAUGUGUUUCACUUACUCAACGCAGUGAUUUGUUUAUAUUGAUGUUUACAUCGUGCGUUUCCUCCGUGUAAGAGCUGUGAGUCACUCACCAAAACCGAGGCCAAGGAGCUAAAUGCAGCAUUUGCUGUGUGUUUUCAUUACACAAAUUUGAUUUGUCUUAAUAAACGCCGUGGAUUCUGGAGUGAGAUUUCAGAGUAAAUUAUCUUGCACUUUGAAUGUCUUCUGAUUACAUGUGAAGCUGUGACAUCAUCUUGAAGGGCUCUUUGGAGAGAGAAAGGAGCCGUGGAAGGGAGGAGUCCCGGUGGCUCUGUAGCCGUGGCUGAGGCAUGGAACAUCGAUAGUGUUAACAGUUUGAUCUGAAAGAGGACAGCUGGUGGGCCUGGUGGCACAGCCCUCUAGUAAUAUUUACUUGGGAGGCUGAGACAGGAAAAUUGAAAGUUCAAGGUCUUCCUGGGCUACAGCCUAUGUGCAGGGCUAGCCUGGGCAAUACAGUGAGACCUUGUCUCAAGAGGAAAAGGAUGAAGAGGACUGGGGGUGAAACUCCACAGCACAACCCUGCACUGAAUAUUCUAUCCCUGGGUUCAGGCCCUGGGUUCCAUUCUCAGUACCAUAAAAAUUAUAAGCAGAAAAACAAAUAAAUAUGACUAAGCAAUUAAGUAAUAAAAGGAAUUGAGUAAUUUUUUGUCAUAAGGAGGUGGUUGGGUCAGAUUAUUAUUUAACAUUCCAAUUUUGGUGUGGAUGCCUCUUUACAUCAUUUUGGACCCACAUCCCAUGUCCCAGUUCAUAAGAAGAAUUCAUCCCCAAGAAAUUAUAAGGAUAGCUUUAUCAGCUUUCCCUUAAUCUUAAAUUAUAAUAAGAUUUAGUAUUAACAUAUCAAUAUUAUGUUUUUAUCUCUUUUGGAACUAUGUAUAACUUAUACAUAACGUGUCUAUGUAUAUAAGUAUGCUGCUGGCUUCAGUAGAACAUAUUUUUAAAGCUGGUAAAUAGCAUUAGGGCUCUCUAAUAUGGCGGUUACUUCCACAAACUGUUUUGUUCAAGCCUUUCUGAGUCAGCUGCACCAGAAACCUGGGAGAAGAUCUUAAUGUUCUCUUCAUGAAACCUUCCGGGGAAUAAAUGUACUGGGAUUUUCCUAACCCAAUCUGUCAUUACGGUUGUGUGACAUAUUUGUCUGAACAUCCCCAUGCGAGUUUGUCUUUCCACAGUCUAUGGUUCUUAUGUACAUGAGAAGGUAGAAGUUAUGAGUUUGGGAUCUGUGGUCAGUGAGCUUUGGUGGGGAAAUGUUUGUUUCAAACAUUAUUUUCACAUCAUAAAUAUCAAAGGGAAUAAAAAGAAAUCCAUGCCCUAGACAGAUGAGAGGUAGAUGAUUUACAUUAGAAAACACAGUGGCUCCUACCAAUGCCAACAUGCAUGGCUCUGUUCACGGCAAGGUGGGGGUGUGUUCUUAUGGCAGGAUUCCUUCUUAAUAAGGGAAGUUCAGCUCGGCACAUGGCUGCUAAGACCACAGUAUUCAGGUCUGAGUUUCUCAGACACUUAGAUGUGUCUGGCUGGCUGGUUCUGGCAAAAGGAACAUGAGUACUGUCUAGUGAAUAUGUUCCUUUUCUUCUUCUGCCCUCACUAGGAUCAGGUAGUAACCAGGAGGAGAUUCUACAGAGAGGCGAACUGCAGGAUAGGUAGCUGUGAUGAGUGAGGUCUUUGCUGAUUAGGGAUACACAGAACAGAUGGGAUCUAAUGUUCACAGGUCUCGUGUACCUAAAGCAUACCUUGCCACGGUUUGCUCCCCUGUAUUCAUGCACAGUAUGAUGGUUAAUAUUGACAGGAUCCGGAAUCUCUGAGAUACAGAUAUCUGGGCCUAUCUGUGGAGGGUUUAUUUGAAGCAAGAAGACCCACUCUUAACAACAGUGACAUUAGUCCAUGGAAUGGGGUCCUGGGCUGGAUGAAAAGGGGAAAAAGAGCUUAGUACUAAUAGUUAUUGGCAUCUGUUUCCUGACUGCAGAUGCAAUGGGACCUCACUCUCGCACCACGCCUUCCCACCUAGAUGAACUCAAGUGUGAGCUGGGAAGAGUCUUUUCUUGGUGAAGCUGCUCUCAUCAGGUGUUUUGAUAUGACAAUGGGAAAAGUAAGCUGUGAACACUCUUACCUGGAUGCACAGCUUCCUUCUAGAAAUGAUUGUAUAUCUUGAACUCCCUUGUAGCGAUGUGAGCCUUAGAACCUGAUCUGGCUGGUGCGAGUGUGACCAUCAGGCAUUGACAAGACCCCUUCAGGACUAUUGGUUGUACAGGGUUAGGUUUGGGACUUUAUGUUUUUCUGUCAUUUGCUGGUUGGAGGACGACCAGAGCAGGGAGAAGCCUUUGUCUUCAGAGAGGAGAGAUGGUAGAGGGGUGAAAGCACAAGUCUACCAGGCAAGACCACUUACCCUUGAGCUCUAUCGGAGAGUAACAUACAUCUCACUGUGUCAAGCCAUCUCUCGUUUUUGCUCUUACUCUUUGUUACACAGCAAAUUGUCUUCCUUUUUAACAUAUACCCAGUUAAACUUAACCUAUUACCAUAUAGCGAGUUUGUGUUUUUGAGCCCUCAGCUGCUUCUAACUUAUUAAUAAAGCAAAUCUGUAAUGAAUUGCAAUUUGGUGUGCGCUAGAGGAUGAGGUGAUGUAAGAGAGAGGAUGGCUAAGCUUAGCUCUGAGAAAUGGAUGGUCCUCCUUCAAACCAACCGAGGAUGUCUGCACUUUCUUGACUUAUACUUUUUGACUUGGAAACCUCAUCAAGGGUACAAUAUUCUGCUCAGGACGCUCAACUGGAAAAUCCUUUCUUCAAAAGGCUUCCCUGGUUGAUUUCUAUUGGAUGUUGUGAAUGUUGGGCUCAAAAGACACUCAGGAAAAAUGGUGAACUGUGGUGCCUAUAGCAUACCAAGGUGCAUGCUGGCUUCUCUCUCUCUCUCUCUCUCUCUCUCUCUCUCUC